GUUAUUAUUCAUUUGUGAAAAACUAUUUUACAUAUAUUAAAUUUUACUAAAUAUACGUAUAUAACUAAAAUAUGGAUUUGUAUAAAACUUUGUUUGCCACAAUUAUAUUAAUUGUAUUGAUAAAUGGAUCAUGCUCACUUGAAAAAGGAUGCAGGAUGAAUGUGCUGGAUGCAAAAUUCAAAAAUGUGGUGAAUGUGGUUGGAUCAUUGGAUUACAAGUAUCCCAACAAUGAAAAAGAGAUGGAGACUUAUUGCAAACAAAUGCGAGAAUACGUAACCGAUAGCCGAAACUACAUGAAAAAGUGCGCCAAAGAUAUCGCAAAAACCAUAUUAUCGGUGACAUUGCAUUCAGUGGAGAAAAUGACAGUCAAAUCGUCAUGCAGACUACAGACUGAGAAAAAGAGAUUUCUUUCAUUCAGCAAAUGUGGAAACGCUGGACAUAAGGAGAUCGUGAAGUGUUGGCAAAAUAACAUCAAAAGGAUUACUGCCAUCAAUAAUAACAGUACCAAAACAAAGAAUCAGGAAUAUAUUGAGCAGUAUAUUGAGAAGGGUAUGUUAGACCCGAUGAACGUGUUUUGCAGCGAAUACGACGAUUCGGAUAAAUGCGAUAAAAUACUCAAACAAUUGCCUAAAAUUGAUUCAAUUAAACUCAAAUACACGACACUAUUCCCGGCUGUUAUCGAGAUGUUUGAGUCACUUUAA